AUGACAAAACUGGACUGCAUUUUUGUUAUGGGUGUUUCGGGUUGCGGAAAGACGACCGUGGGUCAGAAGUUAGCCGAAACACUUAACGCCAAGUUUACUGAUGCAGAUGACUAUCAUUCAAUUGAAAAUCGCUUAAAAAUGGCAAAUGGAAUUGCUCUGAAAGAUGAGGACAGAUAUCCCUGGUUGCAAAAAAUUGCAGAAAUAGCUGCUAAUUCGACAGAUCAAGUAGUAAUUGCAUGUUCCAGCUUGAAGUUUAUCUAUAGACAGAUGCUUAGCAGUAAUCUUUCGAAGAACAAAUAUAUUUUUUUGUACCUUGACGUUGAAAGAAAUCAACUGGAAGAACGAUUAAAGAAUCGAAAAGGUCAUUUUGUCGACCAGAGGUUACUAGAUAGUCAACUGGCUACGCUAGAGCUUGUUGAUAAUGAGAGUAACUUUUAUACUGUUAACGGUAAUCACAGUGUCGAGGAUACUGUGAAAGAUUCAAUGGCUAUCAUAAACAGUCUUCAUCCAAUUUCAUGUUGA